CCAGGAGGCCCGCGCGCGCCCCCUCCCUCCCUUCCAGCCUGCCUCUUCCGCCGAGCAGCCCCCGCGCUCCCUCCGCCGCCGGAAAAGUAGUCCCGCUCCUUCCUCUUCGCCUCCUUCCUGCCUCCUCGCGCGCCGCCCUCCACAGGCUCCGCCGCCGCCGCCGCCGCGAUGGCGCUGAAGAGAAUCCACAAGGAACUGAAUGACCUGGCGCGUGACCCUCCUGCACAAUGUUCAGCAGGGCCUGUUGGAGAUGACAUGUUCCAUUGGCAAGCAACAAUAAUGGGACCAAAUGACAGUCCCUAUCAAGGUGGGGUGUUCUUCUUGACAAUUCACUUCCCAACAGAUUAUCCCUUCAAACCACCUAAGGUUGCAUUUACAACAAGAAUUUACCAUCCAAAUAUUAACAGUAAUGGCAGUAUUUGUCUUGAUAUUCUACGGUCACAGUGGUCUCCAGCGUUAACUAUUUCAAAAGUACUUUUGUCCAUCUGUUCUCUGUUGUGUGAUCCCAAUCCAGAUGAUCCCUUAGUGCCUGAGAUUGCACGGAUCUACAAAACAGAUAGAGAAAAGUACAACAGAAUAGCUCGAGAAUGGACUCAGAAGUAUGCGAUGUAAUUAAAGAAAUUAUUGGAUAACCUCUACAAAUAAAGAUAGGGGAACUCUAAAAGAGAAAGUCCUUUUGAUUUCCAUUUGACUGCUUUCUAUGAGCCCACGCCUCAUCUUCCCCCGUGCACAUGUUUACCUGAUACAGCAGUGCUGCGUGUUGUACAUACUUGGAACAAUGAAUACUGUAUUCCAUACCAACAUUGACUCCUAGCAAAGAAAUGUGUGUGAAAAGCCAGUUCUUCAGUCAAAGUGUAGUUGUGAGCAUAAAAGCAUUCCUGAAAAAUUUAAAAUUGGGCAGUAAAACCAAAAUGGGGGGAGACAAUAAAGAGUAAAUGUGUUCAUGUGCUUUGGAGGGCUUUCCGUGAUUAAAAACACCCUUUUUAUAAAUAUAAAAAAAGAGUGGAAUCCUUUUAAUCUCAUAACUCUUAUGGAAAACCAGGUGGUAAGAACUUAAAUCGGUGUCUGUAUUUUAUUCUGAAGGACCUUCUAAGGGAAAUGUAUGACCAACAAGAUCAAAUAAUGCCCACAUCCUCUGUUUAAAGGUCUAAGUUAAACUGGUCAGCAUUUAAGUGCAUUGGAGCUAUUAGUGCAUCAAGUGACGUUGAUUUUGUUUCAACUCUUCCCCUUCCUUCCCCUUCAUGAUUUUGGUUUGUAUGUGUUUUCUCAGUUAACAUAGCUAAUAGCUCUUAUUUUCUUAAGUUUUUAACUGCUUAGGUCUUUCUGGAUGUAAGGGUAAAAAUUCAUUUGACAGACUUGUGUAUAUUUAAAGACUCAGCUGCUCCCUUGGAGCUUGUACGUUCAAGAAUGAUUAAUCUGUGUAAUAAACUGAUUACUACAGUCAUUACAUAUAA